GUAGGGGGACAGGCCCGACCUAACCGUAGCCGUUCGAGGUCGAGCCAUCCCUUCCCUGCCACUCGGCUAACAUAUCUUGGGUGGGAUGUCGCUGGAGCGCAACAUCGCUCUCUUGCGCAGCCGCGAACUCGGCGCGAGCACGAAGCAGCCCCACCACAAGCGGCCCUUCUCCCCCUUCGACCUCAACGAGGGCGUCGUGAAGUAUCGCCCCGCGAUCUCAGAAGAGGAACUCGACGGGUUCUGGCGGGCGCCCGAGUCCAAGCCCGAGUCGGCGGUGGCGCUGCAGGCGGCUCCAGCCAGCGAGCCGACGAGAUGGGUGGGGGCGGCGGUGUUGGCGCUCCGCGCGCGGCGACCCGGCGGAGGCCACGGAGUCACGGAGGCCUCGCCCGCCGCGGCCGGGGAGCCGGCCGCGGAGCCCGUCGCCGAGCACGUCGAGACGGCCACAGCCCCCCCGUGUAGGCACCGGGACGAUCGAAAUGGGUCGGAGGAGGAAAAGCUACCCAUUCCGCUGCCGAUCCAUCGUUUUCGCUUUUUUGGGGCCUCCUGGGAAGCCCUCGUCGCCACCGCUGAGUUUGCCUCGACGUCAUCCUGGUCAGAACGCACCCCUGGAGAGGUCUGGGGAGUAGCGGUAUCGGUACCUCUUGGUUCCCCCAAGUGAUACGGAAAGGCUGGGGACGAGUUCUUGCUGAUUUUUUGAAGCGUUGUCUGAAGAGGACCCGCUGUCGGCGUCGCCGCGGACGCUGCCCAUUUUGGACCAGAGGUCGCAUGGCCCAUAGCGGCCGCUGCCGGUUUUCGGUUUUUGGACAACCGCUUUGCACAUGUGCAUCGUGCCGGCUCUUGCCGCAUCCAUUUUUCAAGAGGGAAAUAUCUAAGAUUCCAAAGCACCGGGGGCCUAGGCCCUGGGCCGGCACACCCUCCCAGAUUUCCCACUCUAAAGGGGGCU